CACAAACAGGAACAGUUUUCUGUUCAGUUAUCUCUGUAGGACUUUUGUGUAUUUCUCCUUUUCUGAGCUGCUGAAGAAAUGUUUUUCUUGAUUGUUUUUUGCUGUUUGUGCUUUUGGCAUCUGAUCGUGUUUGCUGAUUCCAAUAUAGUGAAGUCAUUGUCAGUGAUGGAGGGAGAUUCAGUCACUCUACAAUCUGGUGUUACUGAAAUACAGAGACGUGAUGUGAUAACAUGGACAUUUCAACACUCUGAGAAUAUAAUAGCUAAAAUUAAUAAAGAGGAUGGAAUCUUCUCAACAUAUAAUCGGUACUGAUGGGAGAUUCAGAGACAGACUGAAGCUGGACAAUCAAACUGGAUCUCUGACCAUCACAAACACCACAACCACAGACUCUGGACUUUAUGAUGUAAACAUUAAAGGCUCAGCAAAACCCACCACACACAGUUUCACUGUCACUGUCUAUGCUCGUCUGCCUGUUCCUGUCAUCAGCAGUAACUCUUCACAAUGUUCAUCAUCAUCAUCAUCAUCAUCUUGUUCACUGGUGUGUUCAGUGGUGAAUGUGAGUGAUGUGACUCUCUCCUGGUACAAAGGAAACAGUUUAUUGUCCAGCAUCAGUGUGUCUGAUCUCAGCAUCAGUCUCUCUCUACCUCUGGAGGUGGAAUAUCAGGAUAAAAACACCUACAGCUGUGUGAUCAACAAUCCCAUCAGCAACCAGACUCAACAUCUGGACAUCAGCAAACUCUGUCACACAUGUGCAGAAAUCAGUGGCUGUGAUACUAUUGAACCUGUGAUCCGAUUGGUCGUCACUGUUCUAAUGGGCGUGGCUGCUGCGGCUGCUGUUGUCCUGCUGGUCAAUGACGUUAGAUCUGCUAGAGGCUGAAAGGAGAUCUGUAAAUCUGUAAAUAUUAGAAUAUCUGUGAUCUAAUUGUUUAAUGAUUGCUCAACAAAGCUUGUCUUUCCAGUGUCUUUGAACUUCAUCAAAAAUGUUCAUUGCCUUCUUUCAA